GUUUGAGCUGAUUGGCUAAAGCUUAAAGUGGGGGGGUUCUGGAUCACCCCGUUGUCGUCUUUUGUCAGCCUUUCGAUAUGUCAUCUCAGCAUUUCCAUCUCGUUCUAGAUCCAAGAUUCGACGUCUUCUCCAAGCCUUAAGCAUAACCAGGGAAUCCGACGAAGAUGACCGAUAAAGAGCCCACCCCAGCCGAGGAGGCUGCCACCCGCGCCAAGGAGCAGGCAGAGCAGGAUGCGCUUCCGUAUAAGUGGACACAGACCAUAGGAGACCUUGAUCUCACAUUUUCAGUCCCCGGUAACCUGAAGGGGCGGGACCUCAACAUCGACAUCAAGAAGCAGAAGCUCGUCGCCGGCAUUAAAGGCCAGGAACCGAUAAUCAGCGGCGACCUCGCGCACUCAAUCCGCAUCGACGAGUCCACGUGGACGCUGACGGCGGCGCCGGACGGGACCAAGACGGUGGAGAUACACCUGGACAAGAUGAACAAGAUGGAGUGGUGGCCGCACGUGGUGGUCGGGGCGCCCAAGAUCGACGUGACCAAGAUCGUGCCCGAGAACAGCAAGCUGUCGGAGCUGGACGGCGAGACGCGCGGCAUGGUCGAGAAGAUGAUGUACGACCAGCGCCAGAAGGAGAUGGGCCUGCCCUCUAGCGACGACCAGAAGAAGGAGGACAUGCUGAAGAGGUUCCAGGAGCAGCACCCCGAGAUGGACUUCAGCAACGCGAAGUUUAGCUAAUGGAUGGGGAUGGAGAGGAGUCCGGGCACUUGGAAACAAGAGGGACGAUGGGAGAUUGCGCCUGUGGUUUUGUAGCUUACAUUCCAUGGAGUUAGUUGGCAUAGGAUCAUACAUGGACAAGGCAAGGAUGAACAAAAAAGUCCGGUUGAUAUUAAUUAAAAGCCUACAACGUCAAACCGCCGAAGAUGUGAGGGGACUAACGAAGCGCUGAGACCACGGCGAAGAGUUGUCAAGGGUCACGGCGUCAGAGAUUCCCAUCUGAUUUCUUUUUGGAAUCGCGCAGUAAUGUGAAUGCAGAUCGAGGCUGCAGACCAUCAAUUGUCAGACAAUAUGCGUUCCGUAAAGGGGGGAUGGUCACUCCUGAGAUGCUGACUUAGAGGAGGGUGAGAAAAAGUUCCCUGCCUGGUGGGCGGCAGCGAAUCAUUCAUGCCAGAAGCGCCGUGAAGACGGAGAGUGCGGCCAAUGUUAGAAAAUGAUUUAAUGAGAUAAAAUGGUGG